AUGGCUUUCCUACUCUCCAGCCUGCGGCGAACUGGGCCAAAAAUCACCAACGAUUUCUUCAUCUGCCAACGCUGUCUCCGGCAAAGCCCCUCCAUUCUGUCGAAAGUCAAGACACCCGGCAAGUUGAACUUGUCCCGGAGCAUUCGAUUCAACAGCAACACUGCUUUCGCAGAUGCAGCGGCAAGCAAGAAGUCGCCCUUGAGUAACCUCAGCGAGACGAUAUAUAUCUCGAAGAAAGCUGCAGAGAAGGCGGCGCAGGAGGCGAGGAGAGGUGCUUCGGAAGGAAAGAAGGGUUUUUGGCCGGAGACUUCGAGUAAUGCUGUUGGAUACUGGCUGUUAGCUUCGGCGGGGAGUGUGUUCGGUAUUGUGGUGUUUGGUGGAUUGACGAGGUUGACGGAGUCUGGUCUCAGCAUAACAGAAUGGCGUCCUGUAACUGGGUCUCUCCCCCCUCUCUCCCAGGAAGAUUGGGACUCCGAAUUCAGCAAAUACCGCGCCUCUCCCGAAUUCAAGCUCCUCAAUCCACACAUGACCCUCGCCGAGUUCAAAAAGAUCUACUUCAUGGAAUGGGGCCACCGCCUCUGGGGCCGCUUCGUAGGGCUCUCCUUCGUUCUCCCCGCCAUAUACUUCGUCUCUCGAGGCAAAUUAUCUAGAAACAUGUCCCUACGCCUCCUCGGUAUAAGCGGUUUGAUAGCAGGACAAGGAGCAUUAGGAUGGUACAUGGUAAAAAGCGGACUCAAAGACGACCUAUUCGCACCUGGCUCUCAUCCCCGAGUAAGCCAGUAUAGACUCACAGCACACCUCGGCGCCGCCUUCAUAUGCUACACAGCCAUGCUCUGGAACGGCCUCUCCAUCCUCCGCACCAACACGCACCUCUCACACCCCGUCCACGCUCACGCACAACUCACACACCUCCUCUCCUCCACCCUCUCCCCCUUCCGCAAAUCCGUCGCCGGCCUCGCCCUCCUCGUCUUCACAACCGCCAUGUCCGGCGGCCUCGUAGCUGGCCUCGAUGCCGGCCUAAUCUACAACGAAUUCCCACGCAUGGGCGUCGGUCUCCACCCUCCUAAAUCCGAACUCCUCGACCCCUUCUACAGCCACCGCCCCGACCAAUCCGACAUCGUCUGGCGGAACAUGCUCGAGAACCCCAGUACAGUACAACUCGACCACCGUGCUCUCGCAACAACGACAUUCACCGCCGUGCUGGCACUAUGGGCAUACACGCGUCUGAAUCGCAAAGUGCGAUCCGCACUCCCUAAUUCCGCGAGGAAAGGUAUGCUGGGUGUUGUGCAUUUGUUGAUGGUGCAGGUUGCGCUAGGGAUCAGCACGUUGAUAUAUAUGGUUCCUGUUCCGCUCGCGGCGGCGCAUCAGGCGGGGAGUUUAGCGCUUUUGACUGGGGUUUUAGUUCUUGGUGGGAGGGUCUGGGUUCCAAGGGCGACGAUGAGGUUGUUGGAGAAGAGGGUAAAGGGUUUGAGUGCUGUGAAAGGCGUGCAGGGUGGGAGGAUGGCGGCGGGGUUCGGGAAGGAGGCUGUUAAGGCGGAUUUGGGGGCUUUGAGGAGGAGUGGGCCGCCUGCUCGGGGGUUGGCGGGGAGUUCCUAG